AUGGUGAUAAGGAAAAAGCUUCCACCACGUCGAGGCAGAUGUAGAGAACCUCAACCUCAACCUGUUGCAAUAAGGUCGGCUGUAUUUACAGGCUAUGAUGGAGAUGAGUGUGAACCUGUACCCGGUGAUGAUUGUGAGGCUAUUGUUGAUGAUCCUGGUGAUGAGAUCGAAGAAUAUGAGAAUGAGGUUUCAGAAGAAGAAGGAUGUGGCGUACAAACUGAAGAAGAAGCUUGUGAAGUUUUCUCAUCCCACUUUGGAGAUGUUGCAAGUAAUGAUGGAGACGAAAACGAUGAGAGUGGAGAUUAUGAUUGCUGGAAUGAGGAUAAUACGCCUGAUCCUGUAUCAUCCGAUGACGAGGAAGAAGAUGCUGGAAUGAGGAUAAUACGCCUGUUCCUGUAUCAGCUGAUGACGAGGAAGAAGAUGCGCGAAGGGAAGCUUGUGAGGAUGCAGCAUCAGCCGAUGAGAUAUGAUAUCAAGCUAUACAUAUCAACACAAAUUAAGAUUGGCGCUGUUUGUUCUGACACUGAGUAUGAUUGUCCUUGGAGAGUGUAUUGUUCGUUUGAGAAGAGGAAACAUAAACUGCAGAUAAAGGUUUAUCUUAAUGAACACGCUUGUAUACGUUCUGGUUACUCGAAGAUGUUGAAGCCUUCAUCAAUUGCGCAGCUGUUUGCGGAGAGGUUGAGGGUGAAUCCUAAGCUUACAGCUAAGGAAAUUGCUGAAGAGAUCAAGAGAACAUACAACUUGAUUGUUACUGAAGACCAAUGUCAAAAAGCUAAGACUAAAGUCACAAGAGAAAGAAGAGCAAGUCAUGAAAAACACUUUUCUCGAAUCUGGGAUUAUGAAGCAGAGCUUCGAAAGACUAAUCCGGGAACCAUAACUGAGAUAGUGACCAUUCCUGGACAAACACCAAGAAGCAAGCAAAGGUUUGAACGUAUCUACAUUUGUUUUGAAGCACAACGUGCAGCUUGGAAGUCGACUUGUAGACCGAUCAUAGGACUAGAUGGUGCAUUUCUUAAAUGGGAUGUGAAAGGCCAAUUGAUUGCUGCUAUGGGAAGAGAUGGAGAUUGCAGAAUUGUGCCGAUUGCGUGGGCAGUCGUAGAGAUUGAAAAUGACAUUAAUUGGGCAUGGUUUGUGAAUUACCUAAAAGUGGAUUUACAACUCAGUGAUGGGAGCAAUUUGACAUUCAUAUCCGAUAAGCAAAAGGGUUUGGUGAAAGCUGUUCACCUUGAACUUCCCAAUGCAGAACAUCGUAUGUGUGCGAGACACAUUCUAGGAAACUGGAAGAGAGACAGCCACGACCCACAACUAGAGAGACUGGUCUUGGAAAUAGCCCGUAGCUACACCUUAGGAGACUUUAUAGAGCAUACGAAUGCAUUGAAGAGCUACAAUCAGCUAGCGCAUCAAACUCUACAAGCCACCAAUCCACAUACAUGGUCUGGAGCUUACUUUAAGGUUGGUUCUUGUUGCAAUGAUAAUUUGAACAACCUGAAUGAAUCUUUUAACAAAACCAUUUGCGAGGCUAUGAGAAAACCACUACUUGGCAUGUUAGAAGAUAUUAGGCGAAAAUGUAUGGUACGCACAACAAAAAGGUCUAUCAUCGCUAAUAGAUUGAAGACUAGAUACACAAAGAGGGCACAUAUUGCGAUAGAAACUGCUAUAGCUAAGUCUCAAGAUUGUAUUAGAUACAUGGCUACGGGUGAUGUCUAUGAAAUUGACUAUCAUAACUGCUCAUAUAGCGUUGAUAUGGGUCUGAAAACAUGUGGUUGUGGGAUGUGGCAAUUGAAUGGAAUUCCUCGUAACCAUGCUGCUUGUGUGAUAACAGCAAAGAAACAGAAAAUAGUUGACUAUGUUUCUGAUUAUUACACUACCAUAAGAUGGAGAAAAACUUAUGAUUGUAGUAUUAGGCCUGUGGAAGGGAUGAAGUUAUGGCCUAUGCUGAACAGGUUACCAGUCUUGCCUCCACCAAAUAGGUUAGGUAAUAGAGGAAGACCAAGCACUUAUGCCAGACGGAAAAUCGCAAAUGAAUCAUCAUCUUCCUCUAGUAAAACUAAGUUAAGCCGUGAGAAGCGUGUCAUGAUAUUCUCUAAUUGUAGAGAAGAAGGACAUACUAAGCCGAGAUGUUCAAAACCAAGCGUUCCACCUGAACCUAAACGUCCAAGUGGUCGGCCAAAGAAUGAUCAGGGAGGAUCACAAGGUGGAUCACAAAUUGGAUCAUAA